AGUAUAAUAUAUAUUAAAGUAUCACAAAAUCUUAAAAUUAUUCCUAUGGUCAUAUGUAUUUGAUUUUUAUCGAUUUCACUGAUUAUUCCUGCUUCCUAAAAGAUACCGACUUUUACCGAUUUAACCCGUAUCAGUUUUUACUUGUGUUAUGUUAUGGUGCGCCUUGCGAAGUAUAGGUUUCUUUGAAUUAUAAAUACCACGUUCGCCUCUUCGUUAGCUCUGUAGACAGUAUGUUUUUGCAUAGAAAUGGAUCGAAAAUGCUAAAACUUUUGAAGACGUUGUUUCAAAUUGUGUUAAUUUUCGAAUAUUUCGGAUGAAAAAAAAUAAAUAAAUUGAAAUAAGUGCCCUGCACUGGAAGUGGAAAUGCCAUUGAAGCGAAGUGGAUAUUCUGGCUGAAGGUAUUAAGGAACAUCUGGAAAGGAAGUCUCACAUGAACUGAAGGAAUGUCAUUGUUGUGUUAAUUAUGUUUCAGUGGCAUAUUGUACAAACUUCGUAAAUAUAAUGAAAAUAAAUGAAAAGCUUGAUUUGAUUAAAUUGUUGUGCUUAGCAUAUUUGAUACACGUUGCUGUGUCUUCUUCCACAAGCGUCCAAGACAUGAAAGUUGUAAAAUGUAUAGAUUGAGCUGGAGCUGUGAUCAUAUAUGCCCACAAAAUAAAUAAUUUUAUGACUGUUGCUGUGUAGAAAAAACUCCUGGGUAUUCCAAACAGAAUGCUCCAUUCUUUCCACAGUUUUACUGAUUUAGUUUGUACCUUGCAGCCUGGAUUUUGUAAAAGCUAUGGUCUAUGGCGAUUUUAGUUUUUCUUCAACAGUAAGCCCAAUACUGAAAGGACAAUAUAGAAAUUAAAACAAAUGGCAGUAUCGCAACUAGUAAUCGGAUAAUGUGUAUAAAACUGGAAUUCCUGCUAAAAAUUCUGCAACCCAUAUAUCAAAAAGAGCAAAAACUAUUUCCAUUAUUUUGACACAGACCACUAAGCUGAAAUAAAAUAGAAGAUCAGGUCUGAUCAAAUUAACAAGAUCAACAAAUUACUUUUGAGUAUUUAACCACCGGAGUCUCAGGAAAAUUGGAGUAAGACUUUCAGUAUUGAGUUUUCAAGAAAGUGGGAGGCCAUAGUGGUUCAAAAUCUGUCUUCGGCCUACCAUUGCAAAGUCAUAAUUUGGCAUUGGUUCACAACUUUUCACAAUAUUCCUUUGUAAUUGAACUGUUUCUGACUUCUGAGGAAAUGAAAUGAAAAUUGAAAUCUGGAUUUCAAACUUACUUAUUGACAACAAAGAUUUUUAGUAUAACAUUUGAGGGACAACAAGAGGCCCUUUGGUCCUGUUUAUUUCACCAAACACCCACCUGCCUAUAUCAAACCAUCUCUUGAACGCUCCCAGUCUUGUUCUUUCUGCUAUGUCUGAAGUUGUCUACCCUUGUCAGAUUUUCUGAUCAAACCCUGAGAGAGGGAAGAAACGAUCAUAUAUAUAUAAUACAUAUACUGUACCAUGGAUAUGGAACAAAAAUUGCAAGAAUUGGAAGAAAGAAUCAUUAAAUUGGAAAUGAAUGGUCCAAAGACAUUCCCAUGUGUUAAGCUUCUAGGAUACGAAGAUAAAAAAAGAAUUUUGGUUUCUGGUGGAGCUGGGUUUGUUGGAAGUCAUCUAGUGGACAAACUUAUGAUGGAUGGUCACAGCGUAACAGUUGUUGAUAACUUUUUUACUGGGAGAAAAAUAAAUGUUGAACAUUGGAUUGGACAUCAGAACUUUGAAAUGAUAAACCAUGACAUCAUAAAUCCAUUAUUUGUUGAAGUGGACCAAAUUUAUCAUCUAGCUUCACCUGCCUCUCCUCAACAUUAUAUGCUGAAUCCAAUAAAAACAAUUAAAACCAACACUUUAGGUACAAUGAAUAUGCUUGGCUUAGCAAAGAGAGUAAUAGCUAGACUGUUAGUAGCCUCUACAUCAGAAAUUUAUGGAGAUCCUGAGAUUCAUCCUCAAUCAGAAUAUUACUGGGGCCAUGUCAAUCCAAUUGGUCCAAGAGGUUGUUACGAUGAAGGGAAACGUGCAGCUGAAGCCCUCUGUUAUGCUUAUGCAAGAAAGGAAAACGUUGAUAUAAGAGUAGCACGGAUCUUUAACACCUAUGGCCCUCGAAUGCACAUUAACGAUGGACGUGUAGUCAGCAAUUUUAUUAUUCAAGCCUUAGAAAAUGUUCCAAUAACGAUUUAUGGCUCAGGAAAACAGACUCGGGCCUUUCAAUAUGUCUCUGAUCUUGUGGAAGGACUUGUUGCUUUAAUGAAUGGAAAUUAUUCACAACCUAUCAAUUUGGGAAAUCCUGAUGAAUAUACUAUUGAAGAAUUUGCUACUCUGAUAAAAGAUUUUGUUGGGAGCUCUAGUCCUAUAGUUUUCAAAGAAGGCCUUGAAGAUGACCCACAGAAAAGGAAGCCUGACAUCACUCGUGCCAAUAAUUAUUUAAAUUGGAGUCCCAAGGUGACAAUACAAGAAGGCUUAAGAAAGACUGUGGACUAUUUUAGGAAAGAAGUUGAAAUGUCAAAAAAUUAAAGACUUGACUUGUGCACAUGGUUGAGGAAUUGGGUAGCCAUUAAUGAAAGAAACAACAAACAUGAUUUGGUUUAAAGAAAUCUUAUAUUUCAAAAAUUAAUGGAAUCAGUACUUAUAAAUCUUAUUUUGUUCUGUGAAAUAAUGUUUGUCAUUUAAUACAAAUUACUGUUUUCAGUGAAUCUAUGAGUUGUAUUUUUAAAUUUCGUUGUAAAUCACAAAUGGCUGUGAAAAAGUUGUUUUAAGUGGAGGAUUUCUGGAUGAUGUUGUUUUAAAAGUUGGAAAUAAAGUUUAUAAUUAA